AUGUUCGGUGAGAAAGAGGGAGCCAGAGUCAUCACGACAUUCAAGGACAAGUCACCCAUCGACCAGAGAAGCAAGCGUCGCGUGGACAACAUUAAUAUCCUUGUUAGCCCACACUGGGAAGAGUUAUCCAAAGAAAACCAGGACGAAUUUCAGAGGUUGAUCGAUACCGUCCAGAACGAUGACUACCUUGUGGUCAACCUUUACACAGCGGGAGAGCUCGAAGAGAACUCCAGAGCAGUAUACAAAGACCGGCUCAGCGCGAAGGAGAGUCAUGUUUUUUCUCCCUCCUUUUCCUCUUUAUACUCGAAAUGCUCUAAUGCGCUUCUUCUAAAUGCUAUAAAAGAGAAAUAUACACUUGUCACGGAUCACGCGGUUCCAUCUAUACUUCACCAGGACGAAAUACUCAUUGAAGUUUCGGCUAUUGGCUUGAAUCCAAUCGACUGGAAAGCACCUGCCUUUAAUUUUGGCAUCCCCAGUUUACCCUGGGUUUUCGGUCGCGACUUAGCUGGCACAGUCAUCAAAACCUCCUCCUCAUCUUCCCGCCUACAAAAUGGCGACCUCGUCCUCGUCCCUUCCACAGAUUACCGCGACAUUCGAAAAGCCGCUUUUCAGGAAUACGCAGUGACUACACACUAUAAUGCGGCAAAGAUCCCGUCAACGACAUCGAUACAUGGCGGAGCAUCUAUAGGUGUUGCUUAUGUGGCGGCGGUGUUGGCAUUAGGAGUUUCGUUUGGUCUGGAUUUUGGGCUUGCGCAGAGUGUGCCUGGGCCGGAUUUGAGGACUAUACUGAAGGCUGUAGAUGCGGAGAAGAUUCCCGAGGAUAUUCGCUCGGAAUGUCUUCCUUCGUCCGAGGCAGGUGCUGAACGAGUGCAGAGGGGGGAUUGGAUCGCUAUAUGGGGAGCAUCUACAACUACAGGCUACAUAGCCUUACAGAUCGCAAAAUUAUGCGGACUAAAAGUUAUAUGCAUAGCAGAUAUCGCCCGACACGGACGAAGACUGCAUGCUCUCGGCGCAGAUAUUCUAGUUGACAGACACGAUACCGAUCGCGCCGUGGAUAUAAUUAGAGGCGUCACAGGCGGUCAAUUACGAUUUGCCAUUGACAUUGUCGGACGUGAAACAGCGACUAUUCUAGAAAAGGCACUAUCUCAGCCUAAUGAAGGGGAUAAUAGGCCACGAUCGCAUUUGUUAGGUCUUACUGGUUCACCAAAGGAGAAAAAGGCGGGUAUAGUCUAUCAUACCGUGCCGAUUAAAAUAUUCCACGAGUCGCCACAGGUUGGUGAAGGGUUGGUGAGAUGGCUGGAGGAGCUGUUGGAGUCUGAAGAAUUGAUCCCACCGGAAGUGGUUAUUAGAGAUGAAGGCGGUUUGAGCGGGGUUAAUGAUGCAUUGGAAUUGUUGAGAAGUGGCGAGGUGAGUGGAAAGAGGAUUGUGGUCGAUUUGAGAAAGGGUGAUGUCAAAGGAACUGCUGCUCGUUAA